UGCAACUUAUCACCUUGCGACAAACAUGUUCAAAAAAUUCAACUUUCCUGAGAAUAUUGCCGGUCAAUCGCAGCUCAAGUCUUCCGUGCAGCGUGCAAUUCGGUCCAAGCUCAUUGAACAGUAUCCCAUGAUGGAACCCAUUAUGGACGAUCUGAUACCGAAGAAGACCCCCAUUGUCCAAAUUAAAGGUCACGAACACAUUUCGUUCUUGUCCGUCAAUGGCACCAUUCUCUUCUUCCAGCAUUUUGACGGUCCUUACUUCCCCACGCUGGUGCUGCUCCAUAAAUAUCCGGAUAUUCUGCCCAAGUUGCAGGUAGACCGAGGUGCUAUCAAGUUUGUGCUUUCGGGUGCCAAUAUCAUGUGUCCCGGUUUAACAUCCAAGGGGGCUCGUAUGGACGUGGAUCUACCCAACGAGUCAGUGGUGGCUAUCAUGGCUGAAGGAAAAGAAAAUGCAUUGGCGGUUGGAUUGCUGAAGAUGAGCACACAAGACAUCCGCAAGAUCAACAAGGGCAUUGGGUGCGAUAAUAUUCACUACCUGAAUGAUACCCUUUGGAAAGAAAUUGUUCACGCGGCUUAGAUGGAUGCACGUCGCGUUGCGAAUAACAAAUAAAACUGGAAAACAAUGUACAACAAGCCAUCUUCUUUGUUUUUUAGAUACGUAUGAAAAAAGACUAUUCAUCGAAACAUUCUCACAUCAACUCGUUUGUACAAUAACUGGCAUAAAAUCAUGUGUCCAUCGUUGGAUCGAUCCAUGUCAGUCAUCAGCGCGUUCCAAUGUUG